GAGCCUGGAGGUGCGGGGCGGGCUCGGAGAGCGCUCGCGGGGCUGCUCUUGCGAGGGCAGCAGCGGCUGGAACUCGCUCUCUCUCUCCUUCCAUCCUCCUUCUUCCCUUGAUCGGCCCCAUCACCAAGCCAGGCCCCCCUCCCUUGCCGUCAUCACGUCCCCCUUCUCCCUUCUUGGCACUUUCCUUCCCUACCAUCCUUCUGGACAAACUUUGAUGGAGAAUUUCACACCACGCUGGAAAAAUGCCGGUUAUGAAAGGAUUACUGGCGCCCCAGAACACCUUCCUGGACACCAUCGCCACCCGUUUUGACGGAACACAUAGCAACUUUAUCCUCGCCAACGCCCAGGUGGCUAAAGGUUUCCCCAUAGUCUACUGUUCCGAUGGCUUCUGUGAGCUUGCUGGAUUUGCCCGAACUGAAGUCAUGCAGAAGAGUUGUAGCUGCAAGUUCUUAUUUGGUGCUGAAACCAAUGAGCAGCUGAUGCUUCAAAUAGAAAAAUCACUGGAGGAAAAAACAGAAUUCAAAGGAGAAAUUAUGUUCUACAAGAAGAACGGGUCUCCGUUUUGGUGCCUACUGGACAUCGUUCCUAUAAAGAAUGAGAAAGGAGAUGUGGUACUUUUUCUGGCCUCAUUCAAAGAUAUAACAGAUACAAAAGUGAAGAUUACUCCAGAAGAUAAAAAAGAAGACAAAGCCAAGGGAAGAUCAAGAGCAGGAUCCCACUUUGACUCAGCCCGGAGACGGAGCCGAGCUGUCCUUUAUCACAUCUCUGGGCACCUGCAAAGAAGAGAAAAGAACAAAUUGAAAAUAAAUAAUAAUGUUUUUGUAGAUAAACCAGCAUUUCCGGAGUAUAAAGUUUCCGAUGCAAAAAAGUCCAAAUUCAUACUUUUGCAUUUUAGCACUUUUAAAGCUGGCUGGGACUGGCUUAUCUUGUUGGCGACGUUUUAUGUUGCCGUGACUGUACCUUACAACGUCUGCUUUAUUGGCAACGAUGACCUGUCCACCACUCGCAGCACGACAGUCAGCGACAUAGCAGUGGAGAUCCUUUUUAUUAUAGAUAUUAUUUUAAAUUUCCGAACAACUUAUGUCAGCAAAUCUGGCCAAGUUAUUUUCGAAGCAAGAUCAAUUUGCAUCCACUACGUCACAACCUGGUUCAUCAUUGAUUUAAUUGCUGCCCUGCCCUUCGAUCUCCUGUACGCUUUCAACGUCACAGUGGUGUCUCUCGUGCAUCUCUUAAAGACUGUGCGGCUGCUGCGUCUUUUGCGUCUCCUGCAGAAGCUGGACCGGUACUCCCAACAUAGCACAAUCGUCCUGACUCUGCUCAUGUCCAUGUUUGCGCUCCUUGCCCACUGGAUGGCGUGUAUCUGGUAUGUCAUUGGAAAAAUGGAGAGGGAAGACAACAGCCUUCUGAAGUGGGAAGUUGGUUGGCUCCAUGAGUUGGGAAAGAGACUGGAAUCUCCCUACUAUGGCAACAAUACCUUGGGGGGCCCGUCCAUCCGAAGUGCCUAUAUCGCCGCUCUGUACUUCACUCUUAGCAGCCUCACCAGCGUGGGGUUUGGGAACGUCUCUGCUAACACAGAUGCAGAGAAGAUCUUCUCCAUCUGCACCAUGCUGAUUGGUGCCUUGAUGCACGCCUUGGUGUUUGGGAAUGUGACAGCAAUCAUACAGAGGAUGUAUUCCCGAUGGUCUCUCUAUCACACCAGAACUAAGGACCUGAAGGAUUUUAUCCGUGUUCACCACCUGCCCCAACAGCUCAAGCAGAGAAUGCUCGAGUAUUUUCAAACCACCUGGUCAGUCAACAACGGAAUAGAUUCAAAUGAGCUUCUGAAAGACUUUCCAGAUGAGCUGCGUUCUGACAUCACUAUGCACUUGAACAAGGAAAUCUUGCAGCUGUCCCUGUUUGAAUGUGCCAGCCGGGGCUGCCUCAGGUCUCUGUCUCUACACAUCAAGACCUCCUUCUGUGCUCCGGGGGAGUAUCUGCUGCGCCAAGGGGAUGCAUUGCAGGCCAUCUAUUUUGUGUGCUCGGGCUCCAUGGAGGUUCUUAAAGACAGCAUGGUGCUGGCUAUUCUUGGUAGGUCUGAGAGCUUUGAAGUGUUAGACCUUUACCCAGAAUACGCUCACAAAUUCGUGGAAGACAUUCAGCAUGACCUCACAUACAACCUUCGAGAAGGGCAUGAGAGUGAUGUGAUAUCAAGAUUAUCGAACAAAUCCACAGUCUCACAGUCAGAGCCCAAGGGAAAUGGCAGCAUCAACAAGAGACUCCCAUCCAUUGUGGAAGAUGAGGAAGAGGAAGAGGAGGGGGAGGAAGAGGAGACAGCCUCCCUCUCUCCCAUCUACACAAGGGGAUCCUCCUCUUCACGCAGCAAGAAGAUUGGAAGCAAUAAAAGCUAUCUAGGCCUAAGCUUAAAGCAGCUGGCCUCAGGAACUGUGCCAUUUCAUUCACCUAUAAGAGUCUCCAGUUCAAAUUCCCCCAAAUCCAAGCAAGAGACUGACCCCCUUAACCAUGGUAAAAGGAAAGAGAAGAACUUGAAAUUGCAGCUUUCCCCUUUGAAUAGUGCUGGACCCCCAGACCUCAGUCCAAGAAUUGUUGAUGGAAUUGAAGAUGGAAAUAGUAGUGAAGAAAGUCAGACUUUUGACUUUGGUUCUGAACGAAUCAGGCCAGAGUCCAGAAUUUCUCCUCCUCUUGGGGACCCAGAGAUUGGAGCUGCUGUUCUCUUCAUCAAAGCAGAAGAGACCAAACAGCAGAUAAACAAACUCAACAGUGAGGUAACAACGCUGACUCAGGAGGUCUCCCAGUUAGGUAAAGACAUGAAGAAUGUGAUGCAACUUCUGGAAAACGUCCUGUUACCUCAGCAGCCGUCAGGGCUUUGCUCUCUGCAUACCGCCUCUGUGUGUCCAUCCAGGGAGAGCUUGCAGACCAGGAUGAACUGGAGCAUGCACCAGCCUUGCCUACACUUGCAAACAGGUGGAGCGGCUUAUACCCAAGCACAACUUUGUCAUGGGAAUGUCACCUCUGAUAUUUGGAGUGUGGAUCCCUCCUCUGUGGGGAGCAGCCCCCAGCGAACUGGAGUUCAUGAGCAAAAUCCAGCAGACAGUGACCGUUAUCAUUCUCCAAACCUCGAUUAUUCACCUGCCCACUACCAGGUUGUCCAAGAAGGUCAUUUGCAAUUUUUAAGGUGCAUCUCUCCACAUUCAGAUACCACGCUAACCCCUUUGCAGUCUAUUUCGGCUACUCUCUCUUCCUCUGUCUGCUCCUCCUCCGAAACAUCUUUGCACCUGGUUCUCCCAAGCAGAUCCAGAUCGGAGGAGGGCAAUUUCAGUCAGGGACCUGUUAGUUCCUUCAGUCUGGAAAACUUACCAGGCUCUUGGGACCAAGAAGGAACAGCAUCAGCCUCUACCAAACCCUUGGAGAACUUUCCACUGGAAGUUGUCACAAGCACAGCGGAAGUGAAAGAUAACAAAGCCAUAAACGUAUGAUAUCAGCACACGAGACGCUGCAGCUGCCAUUUUGAGACCCACCACUGCAUGACAGCUUUAGUUUGCCUUUUCCACCUCUGGCAGGCAAAGUUGGGAAUCCUGCAGAGGAGUGCGUGAGGAGCCAGGGAAAGGCAGAGCCACCUCCAUACUGUAGCAAAUGAUUUCUAGAUCCUAGAAGCAUAAUACAAACAUUUUUCUGUACAGGUAUUAACUUCCUGGUCUGUUUGACAGACUUUGGUAAAAGUCCAAAGACCCCGAGGGUCUGAGCAGCUAGAAGUCCCAGACAAAGAAUUUGUGGAUUAGUUUUGUCCUAGGUGGCUUUUGUGAAGUGCAGCAAAGGUUUUUCCUGAGUGCCUGUUUGUCAUUCCUGAACAAUAUCCAUAGCGCUGUUGGCCUCGGGAGCGCACAGCUCCCGCUGAUCUAUUUUUCUUUUGGUGAAGGCAAAGGGACAAUUAUCACUGCAUGUCAUCUCCUAGACAAUCAGUCAAAUAGAGCUGGUGGCCAGUGGUUAGCUAUUCGCACGUUAUUUGCCAUGUAAAUGAAAACGUCUUUAUUUAUCAAAAAAAAAAAAGAAGCUAUUUUUAUAACCUUGGUAUGAAAUAUGUAUUUAAACUAUUUAAAAUAUUUAUAAAGAAAUGGAUGUUUUCUUUUCAUUUUGGUAAAAAAAAAAAACAAGCUUGCUGUUUUAACAAGAAAUGCACUACUGUUAUGUAUAGUAGAUCAAACAUUAUUUAUUAUUAAGAGGAUGUAGCUUCAAGAGGAAUCUCCCUUUUAUCUGCAUGCAACUUACAACAAAUGUAUCCUCAUACCUCUGGGUUACAAAAGAAAAGUGAGACCAUAUUUUAUUUACGAAAUAAAAAUGUAGACCGAGUGUCCACUCCAUGAGCUUUGGCUUGGUGGUAGAGAGGGCUCCAUCUAGUCUGCUGACUCAUGAUAAUGCCCUGAGUUAAGGCAGCCCCCAAGCGCCUGCAGAAACACCUCUCCUCCAGGUGUCAGACUUUGUAAUCCAGGAACCUGAAUUUGGUUUGCAGAAUAGGAGAUCACCAUCUACAUUGAGCCAGUUUGGGCUCAAAGUGAGGAUAAAAGCCUUGCGUGUGUCCUUUCCCUGUGGCUUUCUUUCCUGGGAGGCUGUGGUCUAGCAAACAUUUCCAAAUGGAGCCAAGACGUCCUAGCUAUGACUGCUAAGAGCGAUCCCAGCUUGCCUGGGGUCAAUGCCGGACCUGUUUUCUUUAAUGCUCCCAACAAAGCCCUAGCUCUGCAGAGCAUUUGUUGACAGUCCUAAUUGGCUGGGGAAGAGAAAAGUUCCAGAGAUUACACAGCCAGCAUCCUGUGUAGGUCUAGAACCCAGAAUGCUCCCUACCUCUCACACCCACCUACUGCAGACUCAAAUGCUGGACUUGGCAAUGAUUUAAACAUUCACUUAAGUUGUAUUUUAUGUUUAAGAACAUUUAAGGCUUGAUCAUCCCACACAUUUAUAAAAGACACAUUGAGUUCCGGAGUCCUCCUGUUUUUAUUUCCUGCCACAAAGAAUAAACAGUCUAAGAAUUGCAUCAUUAAAAAACAUCUAAACAAA